AUGGACGAUGUGGAGCUUGGCAGCGGCGCUCACAUUGCAGGAGACACGCCUGCGUUGGACGGUGCUGCUGAACGAUCAGAUGAGCUCGAGGCAGGGGCAUCUCAUCCGGAAUACUGGAUGUUGAGCCCCUUUGCAUCGAAGCUGGACGUUGAGAAGGGCGAUCCGGUCGAUGUGGGUUUUGCGACCAUGUCGGAACUGAGAGACUUGUUCGACAUUUUCUUCAACCGCAUCAAUCCGCUACUCAACCUAUUGGAUCCGUUUCUCCACAGCGUUUCCUACACGCGCAGCCGAUCUGCCCUCUUGACGACAGUCAUUGCCGCAUUUGCUGCGCGUCUGAGCGAUUCCCAGCGCGAUGCAGAGCUGGCAGUCCUCAUGGAACGGCACUGGCGCGAGACGCUCGUCCCAGAAGUCUUGCUUGGCGGUUACAAGUCAGUGGAGCUGAGCCAGGCCUUUUUGCUGCUGUCACUAUACGGCAAGCCGACUCAGCGACUUGCCGACGACAGGUCUUGGCAGUACUUGGGAUACGCGAUCCGAACAGGCACAGAGAUUGGCAUCAAUCGCCGCGUCGCACCCAGCGAAAGCCUCGAAGACUCCGAACAGCUCAGACGGCGCAUCCGCAAUCGAUGGCGCACUUGGAUGUGCUUGUUCAUUAGCGACCGAACUUUGAGCGCUCAGACCGGUCGCCCUUUUACGAUUAGUACCGACGAGCUCAUCAGCAGCGUGGGCACCAACUUCCAUCGCGCCGACUGGGCUCUGCCGCAAGACGUCAGUUUGGUCAGCCUCGUGCAGCUGCGCCGCCUGAUUGCUCAGCAUGAGAGCGCCUUUAACAACUUUGUCACUGCCGCGCUCGUCGCCCAAGGCGCACCCAAUGCUCAAGGAGAGGAGCCGGAUGGGCGUCGUCGAAGCGGAGACGUGGAUCUGCGAGAGCUCGAAGCAUACCGUCAGCAAGCCAAUUCCGACCUUGAGAGAUGGAAGGAAGCGUGGUGCGUAUCGGCAGCGGAUGAAGCGCACGUUCAGAGUCUGGCCAUGGCAGAUUUCUUGGUACGUUGGCGUCCCACUGCUAUGCUGCACUACAGGCAUGCCCGACUCUACCUCAACAGCAUUGUCCUGCAGACCUUUGAGCAGCACAGUGGCGAAGAGUACUCUAUCCCUACAGCGCUCGACUGCUGGAACAACGCGACAGCCCUCAUCGACGUGCUUCUUGACGACAUUACGCAGGAGGAUCUCGAGUCGUCUCCCAAUCAGACCGCCAUCAUGGCCACCUGGACCGCGAUGACAGCGCUUCGCCUCACAAAAUUGGACCGCGUCAAACAUCCCUGGGUUGAUCGCUAUGCCAUCAUUGAUCGAGCCAAGCGUCUCGCAAAAGCUUUGGCGCGAGCUGGUCGCUCUCCGGCGCAUCGCAAUGGUGCUGCUGGACCGUACGGAAGCUGGCUGCGAUCUGUGCUCGAGCUGUACAUUCCAGAAUCCGAAAGAGCAGAUCACUCUGCCGCCUCCCCGCUCUUGCGCACGAAGCCAGACGUCAAGAUGGACGCUUCUGAAGAAAUGUCUUUGAACGGCGACUCGACCAGCCCCUCGGCUUCCAGCGCUCUCGUGGGUCUGGCUCUGGACGACGCUGCACCAGAUCGCUCCAGCUCUGAACCCAGCGUCGCGGCUUCUACAGCGAUCUCUGAAGCGGCGACCUUGCUCGCGCAUACGGUACCGCUCCUGUCGAGCAGCAACGAGAUGAGUGUUGAAGGUGCUAUCACGACGGCUGAGCCAGUUUCCCCACAAGUGAAGCCCAGCUCUGGUUCGGUGAUUGGUCUCACCGAGGCCGAACACCUCUUUGCUGCUGGUCUUCCGCUCACGCACGGCUCCAGCUCGCCCGCAAAUGUUGCGUCUCUGAGCAACAAGAAGCCAGAUGCGAGCGACUUUGCGCGAGGUGCUGCGAUUGCUACCAUGCCUCCCGUCGCUCACGGCACGAUUGGAUCUGCUAUGCCGUCGACUACAACUACCGCGGCGGCCGCGGCUCCACCGCCAAACGGCGAGCAUCAGCCCUCUUGCGAUCCCGAACACAACAUUGAUAUGGCUUUCGACUACCUUACUGCUUUCAACAGUCCUUCGUCUGGCUUCCCUGGCGGUUUGUGGCAGCCGCAGUCUACCUGGGGCGGCGGCAUGUCCUGA